CUUAGAGCUAUUCCGUGCAAAUUAAAUAAUGUGGUCGAUAUAGUACCAGCAGACUACACGGUAAACGCUUUGAUAACAUCUAUGUGGGAUACAGCUAACAGAUAUCAAAACUCGGUUCCGAAAAAGCCAAAAAUAUAUAAUUACGUUUCAUCGACCUUUAGUCCAUUGACUUGGAAGCACUACAUAAGUGAAACAAAACAAAUUUAUUACACAGCUCCUCCUAACUGUGCUAUUUGGUACGAGUUUACCUAUACUUAUGACAAUAAAUGGCUGGGAAAAUUUGUAUGGUUAUUUUUACAUUGGAUACCAGGAAUUAUAUUUGAUUGUAUGCUCUUAUUAGUUGGAAAAAGUAUGAGAUUUUGCAAAAUGUAUACAAAAGCAAACAAAAUGAUGAAAGCUUUAGGUCCAUUUUCAAUAUCACAAUGGAAAUUUAAAAACAAA